AUGGCUUUGGAUCUGGAAAUAUUCCGAGAAUAUGAAAUAAAUAUAAUCAAAGAUUUUCGAGUGGAUUUUGAGUUUGAAGAUGGGGCGAGUGAUUCUUCAUUGGAAAUCGAAAUUGAACCAGCAAAAGUGAAAGAAAGUGUGAUCGUUGGUGCUUUGAAAGAGGUAAGAAAAAUAUAUAACUACAUUUUUUGAAAGACUUUAGGGAUUCAUUUCAGUUUCUAACUACAACUCGAUCUACAGAUCUUUUUGAAAAAACAAAAAAAAACUGUAGUUUUCAGUCCUAUACUCUAAAGCUAUUUAUCAGUUUCAUUAAGUGAUUCAAAAAAACCCCCUUAUGAUACAUAUGCUUAUUUGAUUCAUCAAAAAACGUCAAAAAUCAUCGAACAACUUUGUUAUGAGAUGAUCAAUCUUUGAGAUUUACGAUUCAACAUAAAAACAAAACACCACCUUCUUCUUUUCAAUAUUUUCCAUAUUUUCCAAUCAUAAGCUGUUCUUUGAAUCUUGAAUUUUCUAUUUAUCCCAUCUCAAUCAUAAAUGACCAUUUGAUUUAUUUCAAUGAAUUUUCAGAACGUUGAAAAAAGUUGCGAAGUUUGCAAAGGCAAAAAAGCCACGUAUCAUUAUGGUGGAACAGUUUGCGCUGGUUGCAAGAUCUUCUUUAGUCGAGCAGUUCGAAAUUCGAGAAGUUAUGUUUGUGUAAAUGGUGGAGGGUGUAGUUUGGUGAAACGGAAAAAGGGAACGAUAUGUCAGGCUUGUCGAAUGAAGAGAUGUUUGAAAGUUGGAAUGCAGAGAGAAAGUUAGUUUGUUCGGGAAUUUUUGGAUAUUUGAAGUUUAGAUUCAGAAUACCAAAAUUUAUGAUUGAUUUUCAGCGGUCCGAUUCAUUCAGAUAAAUCUAAAUGUGAUAUAUUUCAGAUGUUGGGCGACUUCUUCAACUUCGAAUGAAUGAUGGGCUCGCAGCUAGAAUCAAAGAAGAGAACUCAAUAGUUCCUAAAACCGAAGAACCAGUUCCAAAAACAUCAAUCUACACAUCAACCUCUCUUGUUUCUCCAUACAUUUCUCAAUCUUCACUACUUGCUCAACUUGUAAAUCUCGAGAAAAGCAAAGAUAACAAAAUGUCUUUGCCAUAUGCUGAAAACUUCAAGCCAAUGUUUCUUCUCAAUAAUUCAUUUCGCGAUUCCAUUGAAUAUCCUCAAAAAUUAUGUGAUCCAGUUCCAAUGGAUUAUGUGAGAACUGAGUUUCGUAAAAAUCCAUGCGAAAAUUUGAAAUGGUUUUGGUUUCGAAAUACAACACAUUUUUUGGAAUGGGUUGUUUCACUUGAUGAUUUUUCAUCUUUAGAAAAUUCAAUAGUGGAGAAAACUGUGAAAUCAAGAAUGGUUCCAGUGAUGACACUUGUAUCAUUUUUUGGCUACGCUGAAUUGGACAAACCGUUACUUAUGAAUAUGACGGGUGAUUCAACUGAUAAAUUCAUUCAAAGUUUCUUUGGAGAGUUUUCAAAGAUCACGGAUUUCAAAUUUUUGAAACAGUCAUAUUUUUCAAUCAUAGAACCGAUGAUCAAAAUGGAUAUGAAAAUUGACGAAAUGAUACUAUUAAAAUUAAUUCUACUUUACGAAAAUCUACCGGAUCAUCGGAGAAAAUACUAUAAUCUGUUGAAAUGCUAUUUGGAAGAAAAUUAUUCUGAGAAUCAAUCUCUCGAACGUCUUUCACAACUUAUGCUAAUUGUGAAUUCUGUAAAAGUGAGUUAGGAACAAUUAUGAGUAAGGGUUUUUGAAUCGACUAAAAAUAAUGUUCUGAAAAUUUCGAGUCCCUAUCCAAAUCCCUCAUUUUUCCAGCUUGUCUCAAAUUAUAUGGAUAACUGGAUUCUUCUUCUUUGCACCGCGGAUAAAUACGGAAUGCGUGACACUUUAAUAGAAGAGUUCCACUUGAAACCAUAA